ACUAGCAUUAUUCUUAGCAUUUUAACGCCCCGACGCAGGAAAAGUGGCAGAGGCCAGAGUGAUAUAAAAAACCAAAAAAAGAAAAGAAAGUGGUAGUGUGGAAGCGAUUCCUCUGCAAACUCAACAGCAAAAAGAGUUUCCUCUUCUUUUGGCUUCAAGAUUGAAUCGCCGGUCAAGCUCUUUACAAGGUUUCCAACAUUGUUUCUAAUCUAAGGGAAAGAAGAAAAGGUGAAUUUUUUUGCAUAUCGAAACAUGAGUAGGCCCCAGCAACCUAGGAGAAGAGUGGCAUUUGUGCUGAUUGAUGGGUUGGGCGAUGUGUCUUUGCCAAGGCUUGGAUUCAAGACUCCUCUCCAAGCAGCCAAAGUACCCAAUUUGGAUGCCAUUGCAUCUGCUGGAGUUAAUGGUCUUAUGGACCCUGUCGAAGUAGGAUUGGGUUGUGGAAGUGAUACGGCUCACCUCUCUUUGUUGGGUUAUGACCCAAGAGUGUAUUACCGGGGUCGUGGUGCAUUUGAAUCCAUGGGUGCUGGUCUGGCAAUGUCACCCGGCGAUAUUGCAUUUAAGUCAAAUUUUGCUACCUUGGAUGAGAAAACUGGAAUAGUCACAAGUAGGAGGGCUGAUAGACACUUUGAAGAAGAAGGGCCCAUACUCUGUGCGGCACUCGAUGGAAUAAAGCUGCCAUCUUUUCCUCAAUAUGAAGUCAGAGUCAGGUAUGCAACAGAACAUAGAUGCGGAGUAGUCGUCAAAGGACCUGGAUUAAGUGGAAAUAUAUCAGGAACAGACCCAUUAAAGGACAAUCGCUUACUCUUGCAAGUUGAAGCUUUAGAUGAUACUGAUGAAGCAAGGCACACAGCUGCAGUUGUUAAUGAGUUAUCCAAGGAAAUGUCACGGAUUCUGGUUUCUCAUCCAGUGAAUGCAAAGCGCAUUGCAGAAGGGAAGAAUAUGGCAAAUGCUGUCCUACUACGAGGUUGUGGUAUUCGAAUUGAGGUUCCUCCAUUUGAGAAGAAACAUGGCUUGUGGCCUUGCAUGGUAGCUCCCACCAAAAUUAUAGCUGGCUUGGGCUUAUCACUUGAUAUUGAUAUCCUUGAAGCUCCAGGAGCAACUGGAGACUAUCGAACACUUCUAACUUCCAAGGCAACUGCAAUAGCUAAGGCACUUAUAGCUCCUUUGCAGUCUUGCCCCUCUGUUUUUGUACCUGGGGAGGAGGAGCACAAACCAGGUCGAUCAGAUGGCUAUGAUUUUGGAUUUCUUCACAUCAAGGCAAUAGAUGAUGCAGGUCAUGACAAGGCAAGCCUUUUCAAAGUCAAAGCACUGGAGGCUGUAGAUCGAGCCAUAGGACAGUUGAUCAGGCUCCUCUGGGAGGCAGAAUCAACUGGAAAUUUUAAAUUCUUCCUUUGUGUAACCGGAGACCACUCUACUCCAGUUGAAUAUGGAGAUCACAGCUUUGAACCAGUUCCAUUUGCCAUGUGUAGAUUGAAAGACUUUGUGGGUGCAAUAGGCGGAGAGUCCAUCGUUUCGGGAACAUCUCUUGAUCCAUUUCCUCUUCCAUCCAUUAAAGCUGGUGAAGACCUAACAGAUGAUGUGGGAAAUGAACAAGAGAGAAGAAACAAACGGUUUGAAUCUUUUAAUGGAGAUUCUGUUUACGAGUUGAAUGAGAUAGCGGCAGCAAGGGGAUGUCUUGGGCGUUUUCCUGGAGGAGAGAUGAUGGGAAUUAUAAAGAAAUUUCUGGAAGUAGAUGCGUGAGCUAUGUUUAAAAGUAGGGAUAUUCAUGGUUGUUGCAUAUCACCUCGAAAGGAUUCUCA